AUGGAUAAUGCGAGAGAGGUGACCCAGGCUUCAUUGAACAGGGAUGAAUACAAUAAAAUACAGACUGAAAUAACCAUGCUGAGGGAUGAAGUUUCCCGGUUAAUAGACGUUGUGGUGUGGAUUAAAAAAGCAUCUGCGAGCCCGGUACAUGAAACGCAAGGGAGAGAAUCAUCUAUAGUGGUAAGCCAUGCAUCUACACAGGUGGAGAUACCGAAUGGACAAGGGAAUAACCAUGUUCGAGAUGAAAUAACAUCUAAUGAACCUCCGCAUCUGCAGUCAGCCAAGGGUUCAUACACAGAUCCAGAUCUUGUACAUUUGGAAAUCAGGAAUGAAGAAGGAUUUGCAGAAUACAUAACAUGUAAGGUUCAAAACUGCUCAGAAGGAAACAGAACAAGGCCAUUUCCUGGCAGAAUGGAUGAAAAUUCCUUAGUUAUCCAGGAUGACUAUACUUUUGUACAGGUAACUUCAGGAGGGCGGCCCAAUUAUUAUGUGUCAUACAAAAGAGAGGCUUUUGCUCCAAUGAAACUACCCAAGUAUUCAUUGCCAAAGAAUAUGCAAGUCAUCAGUACGGAUGAGAACCAGGUGUUUGCUGCUGUUCAGGAGUGGAACCAGGAGGACACAUACAACCUUUAUAUCUCAGAUAUCCGUGGUAUCUACUUUACACUGGCCUUGGAGAAUGUCAAAAGCAGCAGAGGACCUGAAGGAAAUGUCAUGGUCGAUCUUUAUGAGGUAGCAGGGAUAAAGGGAUUGUUCUUGGCCAACAAGAAGGUUGACAGUCAAGUGAAGACAUUCAUCACAUACAACAAAGGAAGAGACUGGCAUUUGCUACAAGCCCCUGACAUAGAUCUUAGAGGGCAGAACACAAACUGUUUCCUGCCAUACUGCUCCCUCCACCUUCAUUUACAGACUUCUGAGAAUCCUUAUACAGCAGGAAACAUUGCCAGCAAGAGCUCAGCACCUGGAAUUAUACUAGCUUCAGGAAAUAUUGGUUCAGAAUUACAAGACAGUAACAAGAGCAUGUUCAUUUCUUCUGAUGCGGGGAAUACAUGGCGAGAGAUCUUUGAAGAGGAACAUAGCAUCUUAUACAUGAAUCAGGGUGGAGCUCUGGUUGCAAUUAAGCAUACAUCCCUCCCUAUGAGGCAACUUUGGAUCAGCUUUGAUGAAGGGAUGUCCUGGCACAAAUAUAUUUUUACAUCAUUACCUCUGAUAGUUGAUGGAAUUCUGGGAGAACCGGGAGGCGAGACACUUAUUAUGACAGUUUUUGGACACUUCAGUUAUCGGUCUGAGUGGCAGCUGGUUAAGGUAGACUACAGGUCUAUUUUCAAGAAGAAAUGUGUGGAAGGAGAUUACCAAACCUGGCAGCUCCAUAAUCAGGGAGAGUUAUGCAUCAUGGGAGAGAAGAGAUCAUACAAAAGACGUAAAACAGAAACACGUUGCAUGGUGGGAAAAGAAUUUGUUGGAGCAAUGAGAUCAGAACCUUGUGCCUGUACAGCAUAUGACUUUGAGUGUGAUUAUGGGUAUGAAAGACACAGCAACAACCACUGUUUACCUGCUUUCUGGUUUAAUCCAAACUCGAUGACUAGAGAAUGCAGUCUUGGGCAGAGCUUUCUAAACAUCACCGGAUACAGAAGGGUCGUGUCCAAUAACUGCACUGGAGGGGUGCGAGACCAGUAUACAGCUAAAAUUCAGCCAUGUCCAACCAGAGCUCCAAAGGGUUUCCAUAUUGUCACCAGUGAUGGGAAACUUACAGCAGACCUAGGACACAAUGUUACCUUCUUAAUACAACUGGAUGAGGGAGAUAUCCAGAAAACAAAAAUUUACAUUGACUUUGGAGAUGGCACAGGAGUUUCCUUUAGUAACAUCAGCUCAACAGAAGAAGGCAUUAUCCAUUCGUACAAGACUGUGGGGAUAAUGAGGGUGAUGGCGUAUGUGGAGAACAACCUGGGGUCGGACACCAGUGCCCUGUAUUUCCAUAUAACUUGCCCUUUGGAGCAUGUUCACCUUUCUCUACCUUUUGUUGCUACACUUAAUAAAGAAAUCAACGCUACUGUCAUAAUAAAACCAAGACAUGUUGGCACAGUCACUUAUGUCUGGUGGUUUGGCAACAACACAGAGCCUAUUACCACACUGGAAGGAAGUCUGUCUUUCUCAUUAACUAUAGAGGGGACAAAAACGAUUACAGUCCAAGUUUCUGCUGGAAAUUCUGUACUUCAGGACAAAAAGAGCAUUGCGGUAUAUGAACAUUUUCUGUCACAUCCACUAUCAUUUUCUCCAAAUCUGGACAUUCACAACCCGGAUAUUCCUGAAUGGAGAUUGGAUAUUGGAAAAGUUGUUAAGAAUGCUCUUGUGGAAGCUACAGGAAUCGAUUCUGACCAACUGCUCGUGGCUCUACGUCCAGGAUUACCAACAGCUGCAGAACUUUUUGUUUUGCCAAGUACAGAAGGAAAGCGGUGGCCAUCAAGGAGUACAUACUCAUUAGAGCAGAUUUCAGAAAUUGCUGUAAAUGCUCUCAAUCACAAUCUUGUGCAGUUCACCCUGAAGCCUGGUGUAACAGUAUUAGUUCAUCUGGCAUAUUUAACUGCAGCACCGCUCGUUGAUUCCAGCCCAGCUCAUAAUGGCUCUGCUAUGCUUAUGCUCUUGUGUAUAGCAUUUGUGGGGUUAGCUGUUUUUGUUAUAUACAAGUUUAAGAGGAAGAUUCCAGGUAUUAAUGUAUAUGCACAGAUGCAGAAUGAGAAAGAGCAAGAGAUGGUCAGUCCAGUCAGUCAAAGUGAAAGCAUGUCUACUGUUACACAUACUGAUGUGAUGAGUCCUGACGGCCUGUUACAGCAGGAGCUGGAUACACGAUUUAUAGGAGACCCACUGACAGUUCUUGAAAACCAAAACAUAAAGGAAAUCCCACUCAGCACCACUGCAUAAUAAGCUAUAAUCUUUGUAAAUCAGGAGAGAACAAUACAAAUACAAAGAGAGUUGUAGCUUUAAACAUGUGAAUAUGGACACUAUAAGUAGGUUAUUUGUAAAAAGUGCACCGACUAAUUGUGCCCAAAUUUUACUGAGUCCUUGUUGUCAGUUGUUUAAUAUCCUAACUGUGGAAAACUGAAUCCCCUAUGAGACCUACAAACAACAAUUGAAUGGGAAACCACUUUAAGUAUUAUGUACGCCAAGUUUUAAAGAUCUGGUUGUUCAUUUUGAUGAAAAAGUAAAGACUGCCGACUCUAAUAACACAGAAGUGCAUUUCUUUUGAGCACAAUGGAAACGGAGGAGCCAUCAUUUACUUUAUCCAGUGUUUGCCUUAACUGGUGACUCCAACAAAAGUUUGCAUUUUUGUAUUUUAUGAGGGAAAACAUUUCUUUCUUAUUUUCUCCAGAAUCAUUUGAAUUUUAAUUAUACAGAAAUUGUCUUGGCUAACAUAAGUAAUGAUUGCUUUGUUUUUGUCCUCUCACAUUUCUUUGCUAAUAUUUCAUAGAUGAUUUCUUAAACUUACUGAAUGUGUAAUUUUUGAAAUCAGUAAGUGCAACGUAUGUGCAGUACCAUCUAAAAAGUUGGGCGUCAGUCCAGAAUGAGGAAAAUACAGUUUGAGAAAGUGAUAUAUGAAAAAAAUAAGCCUUUGAAGAAACAUACUACACAUUAAAACAAGAACUCAGCAGUUAACCCUAAGAAACAGGUGAGAUUACAAGCACUAAUCAGUUGGUCAGCAUAGAAUACCAUGCAUGCCAGUUCCAUGGGUGUAGGUGGACAGGGACAGCGGGAUGGCUGCCAGGACACUGACAGAGAUAUUAGUGAGGGAUAAGAAUGAUGCUGAUGUUUAACUUGCAAACCCCACUCUAGAGAGAUGUGUGUGUGUGUGUGUGUGUGUGUGUGUGUGUGUGUGUG